AUGCAUAUUAAUUGCUCGUGUUAUUUAUUUUUAAAAAUAGAAAUCACAAAGCAGAUGAACAAAAAACAAAUAGAAUUAAUUGAACUUUGGAUUAGAAGUCCAAAACCACCAACGAACGUUUUAUCACCACGUGAAAAUCAACAACAAAUUCGUUCUCCAUCAUCAUAUACACCCGACUCUAUUCCUUCAUGUAUAUUUGACGAACCAGGAAAUGAAAUUGAAAUUAUUGCCAGUGAAUCUUCAUGUUCAUCAUCAAACGUUGCUGAUAUUCAACACGUGUCUUCUUCCAUUGAAUACGAAACUUCUAACAAGUCAAAUUUAAACAAAAAUCAAUACCAACUCGACUUUCGAUAUAAUCAAUUUUUUGACACAACAACUAGAAACGCCAUUUAUUAUGUAUGCAAUUUCCAAAAUACACCCUUCACAAUUGGCAGUGUCGUUCGAAACACUUUAUAUUGGAUACUUCCUGUUGUUUUCCUAUUCAAUUUUAAAUAA